GCGGCGGGAGUCCCGGCUGCGCCGUCAGCUCUGUACACAGCGAGAUCCGGGAGCCGCUCCAGCCCCGCAGCACGGGAACGAGCAGGAAGAGAGGCGCCGGUCCCGCCGCUGCUGCUGCUGCCGAAGAAACACAAACAGGAGCGGGAGAAAAAAAGGAUAUUUCAGCCGCACUUUGUGAGGAUUUGUCGUUUUUCCCAAAAGAAAAACCGAGACGGGAAUCUGCGCUCCUCCGUCAGAAGAUGGCUUCCAGCGACUCGCGGCUCCAACAGCAGCCCUCGCAGAAAGAUGCUGCCGACCAGAACUUCGACUACAUGUUCAAGCUGCUGAUCAUCGGCAACAGCAGCGUGGGGAAGACCUCCUUCCUGUUCCGCUACGCCGACGACUCCUUCACCUCCGCCUUCGUCAGCACCGUGGGAAUCGACUUCAAGGUCAAGACCGUCUUCCGCAACGACAAGAGGAUCAAGCUGCAGAUCUGGGACACAGCAGGACAGGAGCGCUAUCGUACCAUCACCACAGCCUACUACCGAGGAGCCAUGGGCUUCCUGCUCAUGUACGACAUUACCAACCAGGACUCCUUCAAUGCAGUCCAGGACUGGGCGACGCAGAUCAAGACGUACUCUUGGGACAAUGCUCAGGUGAUUCUGGUUGGGAACAAGUGUGACCUGGAGGACGACAGGCUCAUCCCCACGGAGGACGGCCAGCGGCUGGCGGAGGAGCUAGGUUUUCAGUUCUUCGAGGCCAGCGCCAAGGACAACAUCAACGUCAAGCAGGUGUUCGAGCGCCUGGUGGACGUCAUCUGCGAGAAGAUGAACGAGAGCAUGGACGGAGACGCCAGCCUGGUGCCCAACCACCGGAACCAGAGCCUGAAAGACUCUCCCUCAGAACACCAGGGUGGCUGCGCCUGCUAAACCGUCUCACUGCCUUCUUGCUGUACCAAGUUUCCCAAUUCACACACACACACACACACACACACACACACACAGAUACUCGUGCGUUGAACUUGUCCUCCGUGCCUCAGCCGUGAGCGGCGCCGCCCCUUUUGCCUCCCACUUUCCGAGUUGUUGUUUUGUCCGCUGAAACCCGACCACAUCUGUCUGAGAUAAUCUUCAUGGGGGCUGUUGGAGCCUUCUGCUGUCCAGGCCUGGUAAAAGACCCCCCCCCUCCCCCCGUGGUCCGGAGCCAUCAGCUCUGUGGCCAGCCGAUAGUCCGCUACAACUGGCUCCACUCGCCAGCCGCCGCGACCACAGCUGCAUUUAGCUCACUGAGCCGUUCGGCGGUUUCCAACGCAUCGCCCUCCUUUUGUCGUCUCUGCUCGUGUUUCCGCGUGUUUGCAGUGUGGAAACCUUUAAUGCGGCGCUGCGGCGAGGAUUGAAGGAAAUCCACGCUCAGAUUUCAUCAUAAAGUCACGUGCACACAGAGGAAAUCGACCAAUGUGAGGCAGACCUGCUGCUUUUACACCUGCGCCACUUCUGCUCUGUUUUUCUUUCACUUAUACAGUCAGACAGCCGUAUCCAGCAGCAUUCGGAAUGCCGUGUAAGAAAGUGAUUAAGGCAUCAGUGAUUGAUUAUCCUUAUGAAAAUAGUAACGCGUUUAUUUAAUUCGCCCGUGAAAGCAUACAAAGAGCUGCAGAGCCGCUGUCUCUCCUUUGUGAGCAUUAGCAUUACCCAAAGCCGGUAACUCCGUCAAAUAGAAGCUGUGUCACGAUGUUGCUAAACUCCUGUUUGCUAAAGGUGGAACGCCUUGAAGGCAAGACGGGAAACGUCAGUAACUUUAUCCACAAUCACGAUUAUGCAUCAGCAGCCUUAAGUAAACAUUUCUGAGAAGGAUUACAUUUAAAGAGUCCAUCUUAUAGAGGAUCUUCCUCCCAGUAGAUCAUGCAGCUACAGCUGAACUGAUGUGUACACAUCUGAGAGCGAUCAGCAAACGGUAGCGCGAGUUGAAUUCCCAAGAGCGUUUCUUCUUUAUGGUAAUUAGUGAAGUAGCUGGAUAAAUUCCCACUUAAAUAUGUGAUUCUUUGAAGUGACAAACUCCUCAUUUAGUUUCGAUUUAACCCUUUUUUCCCGCUUUUCUUGUGUCGGUUGUUGAGCCACACGAGUAAUGUGUGGGUGUGCAGAGGUGUGUGGUCACAUGACCGCCGUGGCUCGUCCUCAGUUGCCCCUUGUGCCACCGUCUUGCUCCUUCACGCCUGUUAAAUCACCCACAUGCUUUCACCAUGAUACACACACACACACACACACACACACACACACACACACACACACACACACACACACACACACUGCUGCUCUCACCACAGCAUGGCAAAGCUACCGGCAUGAUGGACCUAUUAUGCUUGAGAAGUAUUUACGACGUGGUUAAUCAUAUCUGUUUAUUACUGACACAAUGACUGUUUUGUAGCGGCGUGUGUGUGUGCAUGCGUGUGUGUAUGUGUGUAUUAAAAGGGAAGAACUCAGCCCUCUGUAAAGGGUGAAUAAAGGCCUGGAGUGCAUUGCUAAACCUUAACAGGAGGAACGUUGAGCUGUCACUGCAAUCAAGCUUUAUAAUCUGUCCACAUAUUUUGCCACAACUUGAUCUGACUUUACUACUUGCUGGAUUUUCAUUUGUGCCAUUUUAGUCAUAUCGCCUCCUUCUUUUAAGUAUUUACUGAUGGAAAAACUUAAAAAGGCAGAAAGCAUUGGCAGGAAAGACGACAGAUCUUUAAAAUCCCAGUGCUGACACAGUGCACCAGUGGCUGAUACUGCAGCCUCACAGAAAAAGGUCCCUGGUUGGAGGAUGCUGGUCAGCAGCUCUGUGGAGUGUGCAGGUUGUCCAUUCAUUGAUAACACUAUGCAUACAUCGCUGGAUGUUUUGGUCCUCUGAUUGAGUCCACUUUAGACUCCUUUCCCGUUGUGGUCCUGCUCUGAGACGGACGGAUGAGUCCGUUUUUGCGUUUGAUGCCAGUAACGCGUUUCAAAAAAUCAUUAAAGCUGCAUGUUUAGUUUGAAGUGUGUGGCAACUGAUUUGGGAAAGUCCAACUUUUAAAUUUGAAUUAUUGUGCCAAAUUUCAGUCCAUGCUGUGGAUUGUUGGUUGCAGAUGUACGGAAAAAAAAAAAGGAACCUACCUGAAGAAGAACUGAAAAAGCUGUAAAUAUCA